CACGACUUUAAUUUUGAAAUCGCUACCGGAUGUUCAGAGCUUUUCUACUGGCUGAAGCGCUUUACGUGAAGACUGCGGGGAAAGGCUGCAGGCAUGGCGGGGCGCGGGAAAAGAAAACCUAGAUCUUUGCCGCAGACAGAAACACCAAACAGACAGGUGAAAAAAGCAAAAGAAGGGCAGAGGGACGAGAAGACAACCGUCACAGGGGAAAUGAGAGAUGAAGUGGAAAAAUUAUACAAGCUCCGCAUGCCUGAUGAUUUUUUCCAGUUUUGGGAAUUUUGCAAGGGUCUUAAUGCUGACUGUCCACAAGAUGCCCUGAAGGAAACGCUUGGGCUUCGGCUAGUUGGCCCAUUUGAUAUCCUGUCCAAAAAGCACAAAAGCUCAUCUGCCUCCCAAACCAACUUUCACCUUCACUGGCGCUAUUUCUACGAUCCUCCAGAGUUUCAGACCGUUAUACAGGGCAGCGUAGAUACCCAGCACCACAUGGGCUACUUCAGAGAUUUGCCCGAUGCUUUGCCUGUGUUUAUUGGGGAGAAUGAAGCCAAAAAGGGCUGUACCAUCACGCAGAUGGGGGACAACAUCUUUGCAGCUGUUCUGCUAUUUUUACAAAAGAAAAGGAAGGACAGGGGACAAUUGAAGAACGACGCGGCUUUGGACCAGUUAGAAGAUGAUUUAAAGAGAGAGGCAGAGAGGUUGGAUUUGCCUCUGGAGCAGAAAACUAAAGCUAUGAAACAAAGAGAGAAAAAGGUGGUCACAAAGACGUUUCAUGGAGCAGGAAUUGUUGUUCCAGUGGAUAAAAAUGAUGUUGGAUAUAGAGAAUUGCCUGAAACUGAUGCAAGUCUGAAGAAGAUCUGCAAAGCGAUUGCCGAGGCCAAAGAUGAUGAGGAGCGAAUGAAAGCUUUUGCACCCAUCCAGGAAAUGAUCACCUUUGUUCAGUUUGCCAAUGAUGAAUGUGACUACGGCAUGGGCUAUGAGCUCGGGAUAGAUCUGUUCUGUUACGGCUCACAUUAUUUCUAUAAAGUGGUACGUCAGCUGCUGCCUCUGGCGUACAAUCUGCUGAAGAGAGGUCUGUUUGGAGAGAUACUGGAGGCGCACCUCAGCAGCCGUUCCCAGGACAACCUUGACCAGCUCGCUGAUGUCUGACGUAUACCGAGCGGAUGAUAAGCUAUUCAGAAUGACUUCCUGUAAACGGUGUUGGGGCGGGGUCAGAGACAGAUUACACUGCACUAAAUUACGCUGUUAGGUGCUGCUGCUUUAUUGAAACCGCAACAAAGCCCAAGAAAGGUUAGUUUCUUAUACCGAAAUUACUCGUACUUUUCUAAAAGAUGUAAAAUGAUCUACAGAUAUUUUAGGUUUAAUUGAUUUAACGUAAUUAAAAUAAAUAGGCACUUUUUUUUUUCUUUUUUUUUUUCUUUUAGCUCUCACUGCUCAGUUGUGCAUUAAAAGCGAAAUCAAAUAGAGUUUUUCUCUCCAGGUUUUUUUUAUCGUUAGAAUCGUUAGUAAUACAGUGCCUUUCCAACCCUGAAUUUAUUUGAUUCGUACCAUCAGUCCAGUAAACCGUAGAGAAAUGAGUUGCGGCCGCUAAAAGUUCAGUAUGUUGCAUAUAUUAUUUAUGAUUCAGCUUUAUGCGUUUCCAUUAACAUAUUUUGCGUAACCCAGUAGCUUGAAAGCAAUCCUUCAAUUUGCCAGUUUAUUUGAGCAGUGACUGCUGAGUGCUGAUGAAUGUCUCGGUUAUGGUUUCAGAUCCGUUACGUUUAUUUUUGUGAAUACAGGAACACGCUAUUCAUAGCAAAAGUGAGCUGAUUCUUGUUAAAGGUACUUAAUUUGUUCAGAGAAAAGUUUUUGUUAGAAAAUAAGUUUUCUGUGUCGAUUUCUUACUGUCUCUGUCAUCCUUCAUCGUUAUGAUCAUUCCGUUAUCGUUGUCCAGUAUUGUCCCAAAGUAGAUGUUUAAUAAAGUGUAUAUUUUUUAUGUUUUUUUUUUUAAUUGCCUGUGUUGUGUGAAAGAUGAAUGAUAUUAAUAAUACAUCCACUUGCUAUAAUUCUGCUUGCAUUGCAAAUGUAAGUCUUUAUUAAAAGUAUGCUACAUAUAGGUUUCAGUGGCUUAAAGUGUUCAUAAUAAAAUAGCAAAUAUUUGUUUCAUAUACAGGCAAACCAAAAGAUAUUCAGACACCAGAAUUGUUAAAUAUUUAAAUAAUCUACAUUUGCAAGCAUUAUCAAGAUGAAUUUGUUCUGACGGUCUUGGAGUUAUUGUCUCAUUUUAUUACCAUUUUCUAAACUUUAGCAAAUAAACUGAUGUUGUGAGACGUGUUGGAAGUGUCGGAGUACAUUUUGGGUUGUAUAGAACUUUAUAUAUUAUUUUAUUUAAAAAAAAAUAAAUAAAUAAAAGACAA